AUGGCUAAACUUUCUCCUGUUAAGCAUGUUGAGAACAUCGACAUUGAGGAAAGUGGUGAGGAGAUUCAUGUGACAAAGUCCAAGGUGAACGUGAGUGGAACUGUCCAGCUCACUAAGGGGACGAUUGUAUACAUUCCGACUCCUACGAGUGAUCCGCGAGAUCCAUUGAAUAUGCCGAAAUGGCAGAAGACCAUGGUCCUGAUUACCAUAUCUCUUUUCUCGACCAUCGGGCUGUGCAUCGUCUCCGGGUUUGGCGGCCUGUUAUCCUUUUACAUCCCUGGAUAUGCCGCCGCUGGAAAGACCUACGCCGACAUUACCUCUCUCAUGACGUACCCGACACUGACCAUGGGCAUCGGCAAUUUGAUUGGAAUGCCGAUAGCGAUAGCAGUCGGCCGUCGCAUCGUUCUCCUUGUUGCAACAGUCAUCAUGCUUGUCGGUGCUAUCCUGUGUGCCGUCGCAACGCAUUUUGAGUGGCACCUCGGUGCGCGUAUGCUCAUAGGCUUUGCUGCGGGUCAGAGUGAGGCUCUUGUUCCCAUGAUUACUCAGGAAAUUUUCUUUCUUCACGAGAGGGGCACGUUCUUGAUGGUUCAACAGACCAUUCAGACUAUCGCAACUGCCGUAUUAGUCCUGUUCGCCAGUCCGAUUGCUGGAGCUAUAACACCUGAGUGGUGGUAUGGGCUGGGUGCCUGUCUUUCUGGGGUAUUCCUGGUCAUGGCAGUUGUCUUCGUCCCUGAGACGAAGUACUUUCGCCCACUAUCCUCCUUUCAAGACAACGUGUCAACCGAAGGCUUGCGAGAGGAUCCUGAUAAACAUGCCACUAUGGAAUCUCACACAGUCGUUACAGAUAGGCCUGCACUUGACUUCGUUAUAUACGAACCUCGCACUUGGCGUUCGGACCUUCGGCUUUGGGUCGGCUCACCUGAGUGGCGCAAGGGAAUGGAAACAUUCAUACAAUCGUUCCAACUCCUUCUGUUCCCCAAUGUUCUCUGGGCUAUGGCUCUAAAUGGCCUCACGUUGGGUGUCAACAUCGCCAUCGGCACCACCUACGGGACCAUUCUCACCACGAUGUAUAAUUGGCCGGACAGAUCCGCAAGCUACAUCAAUUGUGGCCAAAUCAUCACUUCCCUUUUAGCCCUACCAAUCUUUGGCUUAGGCUCAGACAGGCUCAUCGCAUGGGUUGCUAAAAGGCGAAACGGUAUUCAUGAGCCCGAAAUUCGAUUACUGCCACUCAUCCUCCCGAUUAUUGUUGGGGUAUUUACCGCUGUGCUGUAUGGCUUGGGUGCGACUCAUCCGACAUCUUACCACUGGUUUGUCUACGCCUGGGCUGUCGCUGCCUACUAUUUUACCUUUGUCGGCGCCAAUAUUGUAGCCAUCACCUAUUUACUGGACAGCUACCCACAACGGGCCAGUUCGUUGCUGAUUAUUAUUUGUGCGUUCCGCGGGAUUAUUUCAUUUGGUGUUAGUUACGGUAUCAGCCCAUUCAUCGAUGGAAGUGGGUAUGAUGGAGCAUUCGGUACCUUUGGAGGUCUGACUGCUGCGCUUGGUCUUCUUGGAAUUCCGGUGUUUAUCUGGGGCAAGAAGAUUCGUGAGCUCACUGGUCGCUAUGCGGUGGACCGGGAGUAA